CAGUCAAAGUUUUAUAAUCUUCCUUUCCACCUUGUUUGCAAAGACAUGGGAAUACUCCAACUCUCGCUGUUUGGAAGCUCACACAACAUUUUCUGUUUUGCUUAUCACUUCUGCAUACUCUUUUUUCCUUGAUAAAGAUCUGAAACAGAAAGCAGAUGUCUAUAGUCUGCUUUCUUGGGUUGCUUUUGCUAUCAUGUCUCUAGGCUUGUCUAGGCUGAGUCAUUUAGGAUUUGAGAUUGAUCUACUGUAUUUCUUCUGUGGACUUUUGACCGUACAACUCAUGAAAAUAAAACUGUGGCUAGUCACUGUUGGAGGAGCUUUCAGUUAUUCCCUCAUCCUUCUUCGUUCCAAUUUGGAUCCUGCACCAAGAAGUGAGUAUCAUGGACUUCAACACCAAGAUCAUGUAGUACUUGAAAUUGGUUCUCAUUCAGAACCACAAGGAACCAGUAAUAGUGUUACUCAAGGCACAGUUUCACCUCAAGAGAGUGGUACUGGUAGUGCUCCUCCAGAAAACAUUUAUGGUACCAAGGAAUGCUUCAUGGGUUGUAUAGAGGCUCUUAAGAAGAAAAAUGGGAACGUUAUCAGAGCAAUUUCCAUGCAUGUAGACAAAUACCUUAAAGCUGGUGUUCUUAGUGAGGAGCAGAUUUCAGAACCAGAAUUGCAUGGCGAUGACAACAUGGUGGUGGAUUCAUUGUCGUCAGGAAUGAUCAUCAAGCUUAGUGAAAGUGUACAGAAGAUGGUGUCAGAUGGAUCUGAGGAGGAAUGCUUGAACGUGUACAGUAAUUGGCGGAGGGAGUUUCUGAAAGAGAGUAUGUGGGCAUUAGGGUUGCAAGAUGAAGAGCUCAACGGGGAGGAUAGUAACAAGUCGGAGAAGAUUGAGAGGCUGAUAAAAGCUAUGAACAUAGCUGUGAGGAUACUCUUUCCCAAUGAAAAAAGACUCUUCAAUCGUGUCUUUAGCCGCUCCAUUCCCAAUGGGGAGUUUCAUUUCAGGGAACUUUGCACGGAAUUGGCUACUAGUCUGCUGCAAUCUGCCCGUGCCUUGGCAACUUGGAGCCAUUUCAUGCGCAACACAUUGCAGGAGUUGAUACAAGACUUUGAAUCAUUUACAACACCAUUAAAUAUUGUAGUGGUCCUGAUAAGGCAGAGAUUGUGCAUUUAUGAAGCUUCGGAAGAUGUAUCACUCAUUCCCGGUGGCGGGAUUCAUCCUAUUACCCUUGAAGGGAUGUACUGUACUUAUUCGGUUUACAGAAAUAGGGAAAUUAGGAAACUUAGCCAAGAUUUAAUGGAGGGAAAGAUUCCAGCAUCUGUGUACAUAGACAAAGUGAGAAUUCUGUUGAAGAGUAGUUUGGACGAUAAGUCCAAAAAUGGUAAUAAGCUUGAAGUGAUGUACUACAUUAAAUUUCUAUACCAAAGUAGGGAGAAUAAAGUUAGACUAGGUUUAGGUGAAAUUAUUUCACCUGUGUGUAUUUACAAGAUGAUAGAGAUUGUAGAGAGCAGUUUAGAAGCCAACUCGAAAAAUUACAAAAACCCUUCUUUGCGUUAUGUUUUCAUCAUGAACAACCGGCGAUUCAUUGAAGUAGAGACAAAACUGAAUGGACUGAGACUUUCUUUUGGAGAUGACUGGCUCUACAAAAACACAACAAAGCUACAAGAAAACCUUGAGCUCUAUCUAAGAAGCUCAUGGAAUAAGAUUCUGGACCUUUUGAAGGUAGACAUNAANCAACNAGAGNCUAGUGUUNUAGCCGAGUUGAUGAAAGACAACCUUUAUUGGUUCAACGAACACUUUGAUGAGACAUGCAACAUUCAGUCUGCAUGGUCUGUCUGUGAUGAGGAGCUAAGGGAUCAAGUGAUAAAAUCCAUAGAAAACAUGUUGUUGCCAGCUUAUGGAAGUUUCCUUGGCACAUUUGAGCAACUUGUUGGGAAGCAUGCUUAUAAAUACAUUAGGUAUGGAAUGUUUGAGGUACAAGAUCGACUCAACAAAUUGUUUCUUCUAAGGGAGAUGAAUCCGUUGCUGGAAGAGAAGGAAUGAUUAAGCGAGUUAGAUUUCGAGAACAAUAACUUUAUUAUCUCAGUUCCAAAGGAUUUGUGCUCUGUAUACCACUGAAUGUUUCAAGACAAUCACAAAUGUGUUUCCUUUUUUAUUUUGUUUACAUUUUUUAGAUUCGCUUGGUUCAAAUUGAAGUUUGGAUACAUUUUCAUAAUUCUAUGCCUGAAGAGAGGGAAAUAAUUUCUAAGUUUGGGAAGAUUUAGUAUACAGGCUUAACCUAUCUAUGAAUACUUCCGGGAUUUAUGCCAACUGUCACUGGUCUGCUCUGUUGUGCAAUGAGCUUCUUAUUCAAAUACUUACCUACAUUAUUACAAGUAUUUUGGUACACAUGAGAGUUAGGCAGAGUCUUACAAGUUUGAGAUUCAUAAAUGUCUAUUGUUUAUCAAAUUUCAUCUCACUUUGGGAAACCGUGUUACUGUAAUCUCCGUGGAGACAAAAGAAAUGAAGUACCACAAUAUUAUUACCAGAGUAUUCCGAUCCCCUUUAAAAACCAAUGACAAUUUAAAAUUUAUUUUGAAAAAAAAAAACAAAAAUGGUAAUAAUUC